AUGGCAGAAGGCGGUGGAAACGAAGAUUUUCCGGGCUUCGAACAGGUUUCCGCACAGGACAUGAUAAAGCAAAUGGCGGAUCAAAACGCGCGUCUGUUGCUGAUUCUGGAACGCCUUUCCAUCCAGCAAAUGGCGGCAGCGCCGGGCCCAGUUGUGAGGCGGAGUGCGGAGCAGAUCAUCGAAUCAUUGUCAUCGACAAUCAAGGAAUUUUGUUUCGACCCAGCCGCUGGAAUGACAUUUGACCGGUGGUUUAACAAAUACGAGGAUCUCUUCAGUGCGGACGGUAGGGAGCUGGACGACGCAGCGAAAAUUCGACUACUCCUGCGCAGUUUGAGUGUACCAGUUCAUGAAAAAUUUACCAACUACCUCCUACCGCAACACCCACGGGACUUUACCUUCGACCAGGUAGUUCAGAAGCUGAAGACGGUAUUCGGCCAACAAAAAUCACUCUUCAGUAAACGUUACGAUUGUCUCCGGGUGGUGAAAAGUGAUGCCGACGACUAUGUCACCUACGCCGGAAUCGUAAACCGUCAGUGCGAAGACUUUGAUUUGGCAAAUCUCACCAUUGACCAAUUCAAAGCACUGAUUUUCGUCUGUGGCAUGCAAUCUUCGAAGGAAGCGGAGGUCAGAACGCGUCUGCUGUCGAAACUGGAGUCUGAAGCAAGAGGAGAACUCAAUCUGGAAGUGCUCAUCACGGAAUGCCAGCGGCUAUCCAAUCUCAAGCACGACACGGCGCUGGUGGAACGGCAGACAAGCUCCAGUGUACAAGCGGUGCAUCAUCGGAAGCAGCAGCACCAGCCCAAGCAACCGACAGCCACCCCAAGCAAUGCAAAUCUUCCUCGCUCACCCUGCUGGCAGUGUGGGGGUAUGCAUUUCGUCAAAGAUUGCUCCUACACUCGCCACGUCUGUAAACAGUGCAACAGAGAGGGACACAAAGAAGGAUACUGCAGCUGUUUCAACCGGACUGUCAAAACGUCCGACGAAAACAAACAUUCGCAGCAGCCGCAGCAGCAACAAAAACGGAACAAGAAGAAGAAGCAAAACCAAGCAAACAGCAUCCAUUCAGUAAAUCAAGUGCGCAGUGGACGGAAGUACGUGACAACCCGGAUCAAUGGACACGUGGUGAAACUUCAGCUCGACUGUGGCUCGGAUAUCACCAUCAUUUCCGAGCAGGCUUGGAAGAAAUGUGGAUCACCAACAUUGCUGCAAACCGAACACAUAGCAAACACAGCGUCCGGUGAACAGUUGCCUCUUCUGGGAGAAAUCACCUGUACGAUGCAGAUCGGCGAAGAACAACAGCAAGGAACCUGCUACGUCACGUCAGUGCGGGAUCUCAACUUGCUUGGUCUGGACUUUAUCAACGCAUUCGAUUUCUGGGCGAAGCCGUUAACCAGCAUAUGCAAUCAGGUAAAUCGUUCCAAUUCUAUCCAACCGAUCAACAAGUACCUCACCCGUUUUCCUGAAGUUUUUAGGGAUUCUCUUGGUCACUGUACGAAAACUAAGGUGAAACUCUACCUGGAACCCGAUGCCCAACCGGUGUUUAGGCCAAAACGACCGGUACCGUUCCACGCAAUUCCCAAAGUCGAUGAAGAGCUCGAUCGGCUUCAGCGGCUCAACAUCAUCACGCCGGUGGACUAUUCUGACUGGGCAGCCCCAAUCGUCUCGGUCAGGAAGCCGGGAGGAAAAAUUCGAGUCUGUGCCGACUACUCGACCGGCCUGAACGCAGUGCUCAAACCACACCACUACCCGCUCCCAACACCAGAGGACAUCUUUUCGAAACUGUCGGGGAGCAAGGUGUUCAGCAUCAUCGACUUGUCUGACGCCUAUCUUCAGGUCGAGGUCGACAACGAUUCGAAGCGGAUGCUGACAAUAAACACACACCGAGGGCUGUUCCAGUUUAACCGUUUGCCCCCGGGAGUGAAAUCCGCGCCAGGAGCCUUCCAACAGCUCAUGAGCAAAAUGAUCGCUGGUCUGGAAGGGGUGGACAGUUUUCUCGAUGACUUCAUCAUCUACAGCGCCAGUCGAGAACAGCACGAUCGCAUUCUGGAGGAGCUUUUCAAACGCAUCCAAGACUACGGUUUCCACCUGCGGCCGGAAAAGUGCAACUUCUACCAAUCUGAGAUCCGAUACUUGGGCUUCAUCAUCAACGCUGACGGAAUCAAGCCUGAUCCAGCGAAGGUGGCGUCAAUUGUCAGUAUGCCACAACCCAAGGACGUCAGUGAGCUCAGGUCGUUUCUCGGAGCAGCAAAUUUCUAUGGAAAGUUCGUUCGGGAAAUUCAUCGCAUCCGUCAACCCCUCGAUGAUCUCCUGAAAAAAGACAAGAAGUUUGUGUGGAGUGCACAGUGCAACGAAGCUUUCGAAACCAUCAAGAAAGUUUUACAGUCAGACCUGUUACUCACCCACUACAAUCCAUCACUAGAGCUUAUUGUGGCGGGUGACGCUUCGAAAACAGGAAUAGGCGCAGUAAUCAUGCAUCGCUUUCCCGAUGGCCAGCUCAAAGCGAUUGCGCAUGCUUCGAAAACAUUGACCAGCACGGAACAAAACUACAGCCAGGUCGAAAAAGAAGCCCUAGCCCUAGUUUUCGCAGUAACGAAAUUCCGUCGCAUGCUACUCGGACGACAGUUUACGCUGCAGACGGACCACCAACCGUUGCUGAAAGUAUUCGGAUCAAAAAAAGGCAUUCCACUACACACCGCCAAUCGACUCCAGCGGUGGGCUCUAUCGCUGCUGGGAUUCGAUUUCAACGUGGAAUACAUCUCUACAGACAAGUUCGGCUACGCAGAUGUGCUAUCGAGGCUGAUCAGCAAUCAUCAGAAGCCGGAGGAAGAGUAUGUCGUCGCGUCGAUCAGUCUGGAAGAGGAUGUCAAUGAGAGUCUUGAAGAUUGCUUCACAUCCCUGCCAGUAAACUUUAAGAUGGUCAGUGCCGCAACAAGAAAGGAUGCAACCCUUCAGCAGGUUGUCCAGUUCAUCGACAACGGUUGGCCUCGUAAGAUUGAAGAUCCAAAACUCAAAGCUUUCCACUCUCGCCGUGAGUCUCUAUCAGUGGUCAACGGAUGCAUCAUGAUGGAGGACCGUGUAGUUGUACCGGAAUUCUACAGUCAGCGGAUACUGAGACAGCUUCACCGGGGUCACCAAGGCAUGGAGAGAAUGAAGGCUAUUGCGCGCAGUGUGGUAUAUUGGCCGAACAUCGACAACGACAUUCAGGAUCUAGUUCGUCGAUGCGACAUCUGUGCCAGUGCAGCCAAGUCUCCACCACACUUCCAACCUCAACCGUGGCCGCGAGCAGAUGGACCUUGGAAGAGGAUUCACUUAGAUUAUGCAGGUCCGCUUGACGGUAUGUACUACUUAGUCAUUGUCGACUCGUAUUCGAAGUGGCCUGAGAUAUUCCAAACGCGAUCGACAACAGCAGCUGUUACUAUCAGAUUCCUUCUGGAAACCUUCGCCAGAUUCGGUAUUCCGGAGACACUAAUCACCGACAAUGGAACGCAGUUCUGUAGCAGCGAGUUCAAGAAGAUGUGUGAGCAGCUAGGUAUCAUCCACAUUCGUACCGCUCCAUAUCACCCUCAGUCGAAUGGACAAGCAGAACGGUUCGUAGACACGCUGAAACGAUCGCUCCGAAAAAUCGUAGAGGGGGAAGAAGUACCGUCUGCCGAAGCUCUUCAAACCUUUCUACAGGUGUACCGUUCUACACCCAGUGCAACGCUUGCUGGGAAGUCUCCUGCAGAAGAAAUGAUGGGCAGGUCAAUGCGAACAACUCUCGAUCUCCUAAAACCACCAGUGUUCAAAAGUAAGCCUGACAAGCAAUGUCCAAAGUAUACGGUAGGUUCAACAGUCUACGCGAAGCUCUAUGACAAUGCAGACAAGUGGAAAUGGAUUCCUGGAACUGUUCUCGAGGUCAUCGGGGGAGUUAAUUUCAACGUUCUCCUUGAUUACCAGACAGGUCGGAGGAAGCUGAUUCGCUCACACGUGAACCAACUUAAGCCUCGAUUCAGUGAUGCAAUCAAGCCGUCAGCAGUACCACCCACUCCAUUGGAGAUCUUGGUGGGUGAUUUCGAACUUAAGCAACAGUCUUCGGAACAGCAAGCCGCUCCACCGGUUGGAAUUGAACCAGUUCUUGUAGACCAUCACUAUGGGGACAGUUCUGACAACGACGAGUUCUUCGAGGUGGGCUCAACGAUAUCCAGUCCAGUCCAGCCAGCUACAGUCAAGACCCCGAGACCAGUCAGGAACAGUCGUCUUCCGAAGCGCUUGGAGGAUUACGUCGUGGGUUAG